AUGGUAAAGAAGGCUAUUGAUGCACGUAUUCCAUCGCUCAUCCGUAACGGUGUGCAAGAAAAGGAGAGAAGUUUUUUCUUCAUUGUGGGUGAUAAAGCUCGUAAUCAGUUGCCUAAUUUGCAUUAUUUAAUGAUGUCAGCCGAUUUGAAGAUGAACAAGUCAGUUUUAUGGGCAUAUAAAAAGAAAUUAUUGGGCUUCACAUCACACAGACAAAAGAGAGAGGCCAAAAUAAAGAAAGAUAUUAAAAGGGGUGUAAGAGAAGUAAACGACCAAGACCCAUUUGAGGCCUUCAUUUCCAAUCAGCAUAUUAGAUAUGUGUACUAUAAGGAAACCGAAAAAAUUUUGGGUAAUACCUAUGGUAUGUGUAUAUUGCAAGAUUUUGAAGCUAUCACACCUAACUUGUUAGCUAGAACUAUAGAAACUGUUGAAGGUGGUGGAUUAGUUGUCAUAUUGUUGAAAUCUAUGUCUUCAUUGAAACAGUUAUAUACCAUGACAAUGGACAUCCAUUCACGUUAUAGAACUGAGGCCCACGAUGAUGUCGUUGCCAGAUUUAAUGAAAGAUUUUUAUUAUCAUUAGGUUCAUGUGCAAAUUGUUUAGUUGUUGACGAUGAACUUAACGUCUUGCCUAUAUCUGGUGGUAAGCAUGUUAAACCAUUACCAGCUAAAGACGAUGAUGAUUUGUCUCCUAAUGCAAAAGAGUUGAAGGAAUUGAAGGAAAGCUUGGCAGAUGUCCAGCCAGCUGGUGCAUUAGUUGGGUUAUCAAAAACUGUAAAUCAAGCUCAGUCUAUAUUGACAUUCAUUGAUGUUAUUUCAGAAAAGACAUUAAGAAGUACGGUUGCAUUAACAGCUGGUAGAGGUCGUGGUAAAUCAGCAGCCUUAGGUAUUGCUAUUGCAGCUGCAGUUUCUCAUGGUUAUUCUAAUAUUUUCGUCACAUCACCUUCUCCAGAAAACUUGAAGACAUUAUUCGAGUUUGUUUUCAAAGGAUUCGAUGCCUUAGGUUAUACUGAGCAUAUGGAUUAUGAUAUUAUACAAUCAACUAACCCAUCAUUUAACAAGGCUAUCGUUAGAGUGGAUAUUAAACGUGGUCAUCGUCAAACUAUUCAAUAUAUUUCACCAAAUGAUAACCAUGUAUUAGGUCAGGCCGAAUUAGUUAUUAUAGAUGAAGCUGCUGCUAUCCCAUUACCUGUCGUGAAAAACUUAAUGGGACCUUAUUUGAUUUUCAUGGCUUCUACUAUUAAUGGUUACGAAGGUACAGGUAGAUCUUUAUCGUUGAAGUUAAUUCAACAAUUACGUACUGAAUCCAAUAGCAACAGAAGAAAUGAUGACACAACAGUUGUAUCUAGAGACAACAAGUCUAAUUUCGAUUCCGCUUCGUCAGGUAGAGAUUUGCGUGAAGUUGUCUUGGAUGAACCAAUUAGAUAUGCACCAGGAGAUCCAGUUGAAAAGUGGUUGAAUAAAUUAUUAUGCUUAGAUGUUUCAUUAUCCAGAAAUUCCAAGUUUGCUACUAAAGGUUGUCCACAUCCUUCUCAAUGUAACUUAUUUUAUGUGAACAGAGAUACCUUGUUUUCAUAUCACCCUGUCUCUGAAGCUUUCUUGCAAAAAAUGAUGGCUUUAUAUGUUGCAUCGCAUUACAAAAAUUCUCCUAAUGAUUUACAAUUGAUGAGUGAUGCUCCUGCUCAUCAAUUAUUUGUCUUGUUACCACCAAUUGAAGAAGGUGGUAAUAGAAUUCCAGACCCCUUAUGUGUUAUCCAACUUGCCUUAGAAGGUGAAAUUUCAAAAGAAAGUGUUCGUAAAUCAUUAUCUCGUGGCCAGAGAGCUGGAGGUGAUUUAAUUCCAUGGUUAAUUUCUCAACAGUUCCAAGAUGAAGAGUUUGCAUCAUUAUCUGGUGCUAGAGUUGUAAGAAUCGCUACAAACCCAGAAUAUGCUGGAAUGGGUUAUGGUUCAAGAGCUUUAGAGUUAUUGCAAGAUUAUUACGAGGGAAAAUUCACAGAUAUCAGUGAAUCCUCAGAAAUUAACGACCAUACGAUAACCAGAGUUACAGAUAAAGAAUUAGCGAACGCUUCUUUGAAGGAUGAAAUUAAGUUGAGAGAUGCUAAAUCAUUGCCACCAUUAUUAUUGAAGUUAUCUGAAAAGCCACCUUACUUUUUACAUUACUUAGGUGUAUCUUUCGGAUUGACUCCACAAUUGCAAAAAUUCUGGAAGAGAUCUGGAUUCGUUCCUGUUUAUUUAAGACAGACAGCUAAUGAGUUGACUGGAGAACAUACCUCUGUCAUGAUAAACGUAUUACAAAACCGCGAGAAGACAUGGUUACAAGAAUUUUCGAAGGAUUUCCACAAGCGUUUCUUACAGUUAUUGUCAUAUGAAUUUAAAAAAUUUCCAGCUGUUCAAGCAUUAAAUAUUAUUGAAGCAACAGAGGCUGGUGAAAAUCACGAAAGUAAGACCAAGAAAUUAACCAGAAAUGAUUUAGAUAACAUCUUAUCUCCAUUCGACUUGAAGAGAUUAGAUUCAUAUGCCAAUAAUUUGUUAGAUUACCAUGUUAUUGUUGAUAUGUUACCAUUGAUUUCCCAGUUAUAUUUUUCAAAGAAAACUGGCACUGAUGUCAGUUUGUCAUCUGUACAAGCUGCUAUUUUAUUAGCAAUUGGUUUGCAACACAAAGACUUGGACCAUAUUUCAAAAGAAUUAAACUUGCCAUCGAAUCAAUCCAUGGCAAUGUUUGCUAAAAUCGUUCGUAAGUUUUCAACUUAUUUCAGAAGUAUUUUAAGUAAGUCUAUUGAAGAUUCUAUGCCUCAAUAUGAAGAUGAGGCUGUUAAGGCAAUGGAAGGACUGCCAGAACACAUAGAUUACGAUAAGAUAGAGCAGGAUAUGCAAGAUGAUUUAGAAGAGGCUGGUGAUGAAGCUAUGCAAGAAUUGAAGGCAAAACAAAAGGAAUUUAUUAAUGCUAUUAACUUAGAUAAAUACGCAAUUGCAGACGAUGCAGACUGGGAAGCUGCUGGUAAAUCUGUUACCAAGGCUGUCAAUGGAAAAGGAGUAGUCAGUGUCAAGAAUAAAAAUUCUAAGAGACAAAAGGGUGAGAGUGCUGCUGAUAUUUAUGAUUCAGAAAUGAAAAGUGCUAACAAGAAACCAAAGAAAUCAAAGAAAUAG